UACGAUUCCAGAUUAAUCAGUGUUAAUCGUGAAGUAGUCUGAAGUGGUUGUUCAUGGGAAAGCAAUGAAGCCAUCUUACGCUUGGAUUGUUGCCGUGAUGGCGCUGAUUUGCGCUAGUUCGGUUGAGGCUUAUCUCUGUAUGUGUUCGCCGAACAGUUGCGUAUUGAUUCACCCGAAUACGGAUUUUUUCGAGAAUGCAGAAAGCUUCUGUUCGACCUUCCGCACGGCCGCCCAUGACAUCUCUAUUAUUAAGCUGAUGGACACCAAACUAACGUCCAAAGCAUUCACAAAGUUCCCGAAUAUGACUUCGCUGGAAAUUUUUCAAGGUCAGCUGGCGAAAUUCAACUCCGACACAUUCAACGGUGCGGGAAAACUGACGAAGCUGGUGAUAAGGGGAAACAGUUUAACUAGCCUGGAGGAUUACACCUUCAAGGGAGCCGACAGCAUGAAGGAUCUCAUGAUUUCUGCUAAUCCGCUGAGUACGAUUUCCGAGAACGCAUUCGCCAAUCUGCACCAGUUGGAAAUUUUGAUCUUGGCUCACGGAGAGAUCUCGUCUUUGCCAAGCAAACUUUUCCAGAACAAUCGUAUGCUGAAGGUGAUUUCCUUGAACAGCAACAAGAUAGCGUCGAUCGAUGCGACGGUUUUCAAUGGGUUGGAUGAACUCGCGAAGUUGGAACUGGCGGACAAUCGACUGGCAGCGUUUGAUUUUGAGUUUCUGAAGGCAUCGGUUAUUGUUUUGAACAAUAACAGUUUGGAACAUUUGGUUAUCAACGAGCACUGCAGUACGGUGUAUGCCAACAAUAACAAUAUCCGGACGAUUAGCGUCGAAGGAAAAAAUGUUGUCAAACUAUCGCUCAUCAAUAAUCGUAUCAGUGAUAUCAGUAAUCUAACGAAGUUGGAGAACUUAACCAGUUUAUCUUUGGGAAGUAACACUCUGGAUCCGAAUACUGUGUUCAGCUCGAUGACGUCGUUGGAGGAAUUGAUGUUACAAUCGACUUCGCUCAGUCUGUCUCCGGCCACUUUUGCAAAUCUGGCAAAUUUGAAGAUAUUGGAUUUAUCGUAUAACAACAUGACUGAGGCAGAUUUCAAAAUCUUCGGAUCCCAAAGCUCUCUCCAAAUUCUGAGUUACGUUGGAAAUCAAAUAAAAAAUUUCAACUAUCUGGAGGCCAGAGAGUAUCUGCCUCGUUUGCGGGUGCUGGAGAUUUGUAAAAACGGAUGGAACAGCUCCUACUUCGAGAAUAACGUGGCCAGAAUGAGAAAAUUCCAGAUUAGUCCGGAUAUGCAUGGAUUUGCCACGCACUUCUUGUUCCGUGAUGACUACAUCAACAUGUGCUCUGAGAAACUGUUUCCGGAUUAUAACUACGACGAUUAUCCGGAACCUCCGGCCGAUGCGGACGUAGAAGAUGAGAUCAAACAAUCUUACUCCACGACAACGACUACCAGCACCACUACGGUUGCACCGAUAACUUCGACGCGUCCUGCAUCGUCUUCAUCAUCAUCAUCAGCGACGGAACGAUCAACCGUUGAUCCUAACCAUUCUUUCGAGCGCCAUCACGUUAUCGAGUACAACACAAAUACGGCCGUUCCAGUUAUGAUCGCCGAACCGGAGAAGGCAGCGUCACCACUCUUCGUCACAUUCCAAGUGCUGGUUUACGUUUUAUCCAUAGUCGGGUUAGUAGCGCUGAUUACCGUGGGUUAUCUGUGGAAAAUACGGCAACUGGAUGUGCAAAGAUUGGCAUCGGCGGCCGAUGCCGUGCGAUUGAUUUGAACGGAAACCUGCUCAAUGUCGCUGGGCAAAUGGCGAUUCAGCGGGACUGAUUAAAUGUAGAUUAUGACUCAUCGUUGAGAAUAGCUUCAUCAGAGUUUUUAUGUGUUGUCUGUAAUUGCGAUUCUAGGAAUUGGGGAAAUUUAGUGAUAACUGGGAGUAAACAACGUCAUCAAAAUCGUUAACCAAAUAAUUGAGUGUGUGAAUGUUUCAAUAAAUAUUGGAAUAAUCCGAGUAGAGUUCUGGUACAUAA